UAGGUUGAGUGGAGAUGAAAUGUUUGAAAUAAUACAAUAUCUCCCUAAAGUAAUUGAAAAUGACCUUAGUAGAUUGGAUGGUUACGGUGUACAACAUAAUUGGUUGAAACAAAUUAUAUUUUAGGAAUUACCAUAUUGGAAAUCUCACUUGCUUCGUCACAAUCUGGAUGUCAUGCACAUAGAGAAGAAUGUGUUUGAUAAUGUGUUUAACACCAUCAUGGAUGUCAAAGGUAAAACCAAGGACAAUAUAAAAACAAGAAUGGAUUUGAAAGAAUAUUGUAGGCGACGGGAUUUGGAGCUUAAAGAGUUACCCAAUGGCAGAGUGAUUAAGUCAAAAGCAAAAUUUUCAUUUACCAUUGAGCAAAAACGAGUAGUAUGUGAAUGGGUAAAAGGGUUGAGAAUGCCUGAUGGAUAUGCCUCAAAUUUGGCUAGGUGUGUAGACAUGAAGGAGGGCAAGUUGUUUGGUAUGAAAAGUCAUGACUGUCAUGUGUUUAUGGAGUGUUCACUUCCAAUUGUCUUUAAUGCUUUACCAGAACCAAUAUGGAAUCCUAUAACUGAAUUGAGUCAGUUCUUUCGCGAUUUAUGCUCAACAACUUUACGAGUGGAUGAGUUACAUCAAAUGCAACAAAACAUUCCUGUUAUCUUAUGCAAGCUCGAUAGAAUCUUUCCACCAGGCUUCUUUGACUCAAUGGAACAUUUACCUAUUCAUUUGCCAUUUGAAGCAAUUGUGGGUGAACCAGUUCAAUAUAGAUGGAUGUACCCCUUUGAGAGGUUUGUUUCUUGGUAAAUUAAAAAAGAUGGUGAAGCAAAAGGCUCGUGUGGAAGGUUCCAUCUGUCAGGCAUACUUAUGCCAAGAGACUUCUCAUUUCUGCUCGUAUUAUUUUGAGCCUCAUGUACAUACUAUGAGAACUAUAGUUGGACGAAAUGAUGAUGGGGCUCUAGAUGACUCAAUCCGACCAACUCUAUCUAUUUUCAACCAACCUGGACGUCCAUUUGGACAAUGCAUAUCUCGUUUUUUAAACGAGAAAGAAUUGGCUGCAGUCACAUUACAUGUCUUGUUAAAUUGUGAGGAGGUCGAACCAUAUAUUGAUAUAUUUGUUCAAUAUAUACAAACAGUCACCCCACAUAUUACUGACAAUGAGGUGGAUGCUAGGAUUGAAGCUGAAUUUGCACUAUGGUUCAAGCAUUAUGUUUUUCUGAAGUCAGAAAACUUGAUUUUGAGUUGGCUAGUGGCACAUUUAGGAGGAGGAGUUACAAAAGUGAAAAGCUUGAAUGCCGGCUUGUUCAAUUGGUAA